UUUCGUGUUUUUUGCCGGUUGGUUAUUUGAGCAUAUUUAUAUUUAUUCGACUUUUUUUUUCAAUGAUUUGCUCUCUUUCCUAUGAGAGUAGUUGUUUCAAAAUGUCAAACACGACACUGAUUAGUUUAAUUUUGUUUUCAAUAAUUUAUUUAACUCUACAUCCUGUGCUGUGUACCGAUGCUGAGAAAGCAGCAGAAAUACAAGUGGAUGGUGGAACUAUAGAAACAAAAACAUUGGUUGAAGAUGAUGUUUUGAUUCUGAACCGAGAUAAUUUUGAUCUGCAUAUUUCCAGUAAAGCUAUCAUUCUCGUGGAAUUCUAUGCUCCUUGGUGUGGGCAUUGUAAGAGUCUUGCUCCAGAAUAUGCUCAAGCAGCUACAAUAUUGAAAAAUGAAGAUCCUCCAGUUCCUUUAGCUAAAGUAGACGCUACUAUUGAAACUGACCUUGCUCAAAAGUAUGAAGUUUCAGGAUUUCCCACUUUAUUCAUCUUUAAAGAAGGGCGAAAAAUUUUGUAUGAUGGACCUCGAACUGCCAUGGGUAUUGUGGAAUACAUGAAAGAACGUUCCGACCCUAAUUGGAAACCACCUCCAGAAGCUGUACUGACAUUAACAAGUGAAAAUUUUUCUUCCAUUGUUGAAAAUGAAAAAUUGAUUUUAGUUGAAUUUUAUGCUCCUUGGUGUGGCCAUUGUAAACAGUUAGCUCCAGAAUAUGAAAGGGCUGCAAAAGUUUUAAAAACUUUGCCCACACCAAUACCACUUGCAAAAGUUGAUGGAACUGCUGAAAAAGAUCUUGCUGAAAAAUAUGAUGCAAGAGGAUGGCCAACACUUAUUAUCUUCCGUGAAGGCAAAAAAUAUGAGUAUAAUGGUCCCAGGGAUGAAUCAGGUAUUAUUUCAUACAUGAAGGAACAAGCUAAACCACCUAGUGAAGAAAUCAGAUCUGUAAAAUUACUAGAAAAUGCAAUUGGAAAAAAUGAUGUAGUAAUUGUGGGCUUUUUCUUAUCUGAUUUGGAGCAAAUUUACACGUCUUAUUUAGAAACAGCAAAUACCUUCAGAGGGAAGUUUACCUUCUACCAUGUAUUUGAGAAAAAAAUUUUGAAUCAUUUUGGUGUAAAAAAGUCAAAAAUUGUUUUGUAUCAACCAGAAAUAUUUGCUUCUGAAUAUCAACCCACUAAAUUUGAACUGACUAAUACAGCAGCUGGGUCUCAUGAUGUAACCAGGUUUAUUAAUGAGCAUCAUUUGCCUCUUGUUGGAGAAAGAAGUAGGAAGAAUAUUUGGAAGUAUGGUGACAAAUACCCUUUAGUUGUUGUAUAUUAUGAUGUGGAUUUCAGUUUUGAUCAUAGAGUUCAAACACAACUUAUCCAAAAGGAAGUUGCUAAAGUAGCUAAGGACUAUACGGGGGAAAUAACUUUUGCUGUCUCAAAUGAAGAAGAAUUUGAAGAUGAACUGGUGCAACUUAAUUUAGAUGAUAGUGGUGAAGAUGUUAACGUUGGUUAUUUUGAGAGCAGAAAAAUUAAGUACAGGAUGGAACCAGAGGAAGAUUUUUCUGCUGAUGUAUUGAAGAAUUUUGUUCAAGAUGUUCUCAAUGGGGAUGUACCAAGACACAUAAGAUCUCAACUUAUUCCAAAACAAAAUAAAGGUCCAGUUAUUACUGUUGUUGGCUCUACUUUUGAAGAAUUAGUUAUGAAAAAUAAGAAGGAUGUCCUGCUAGAAUUUUAUGCCCCUUGGUGUGGACAUUGCAAACAGCUUGAGCCAAUUUAUAAAAACUUAGGAAAGAAAUUUAGAGACAAUGAUAAAGUUGUCAUUGCUAAAAUAGAUGCCACAGCUAACGAUUAUCCAACUAACUUUGAUGUUAAUGGCUUUCCAACUUUAUAUUAUGUGCCAGCAUCAUCUAAGAAACCCAUGCAAUAUGAUGGCCAGAGAACGCUUGAAGAUUUAACUAAGUUUGUAAGUGAGCAAGUUUCAAAAGAUUCUUCUAAAGAUGAGUUGUAA